AUGGGAAGUCUACCUGGCCAUUUAGUUCCUGGCUCAAUAUUUAUUAUGCUCGGUCUAUGGUGGAUAUAUUCAGCAUGGUUACGUUAUUUUAUAUGCCGUCAACGUCGACGACCAUACUAUGUAACAACAUUAUUUCCAUGUCAUUGUUGUGGGCCACGUGUUGCUAGGUUACCUAUUGAAGCAUUUUUUGUUUUAUUCGGUACAACAUUGGGUAUUCUUAUUGAAUUAAUUGCUGGUUUUAAUCGUGUAGUUGAUCCUAAAACAGGUGCUGUAUCAUUCUUUGAAGGAGCAAAUAAUCUUCAACAUUUUGCUAUGUAUUUAAUGUUUUUCUUAGUUGGAUUAAUUACACUAUUAACUCAUUAUAAUUUUCCAUUACCGAAAAAUUUCGAUAUAGCUGCUGGUUGUUUAGCAUUUACGGCGGAAGCUCUUCUCUUCUAUUUUCAUGGUCAUACUCGUGAUCCAGUAGAAGUUUUAAUACAUAUUUUUCUUGUUUUAGCUAUAUGUGCUACUGUUAUAUGUGGUGUUUUUGAAUUAAUUCAAAAAGAAAAACAAGUUCAUGCAACUUUAAUGCGUGCAUAUUUUACUGUUAUACAAGGUGCAUGGUUUUAUACAACAGGAUUUUUUCUUUAUAGUCCAUUUCAUGAACAUUAUGAACAAAGUAAAGAUCCUGAUGCACAUCGUACAUCAAUGUUAAUUGCUUAUUAUUUUUCAAUUCAUAUGGCUGUUGCCCUAUUUAUAUUACUUGCACUAGCUGUACCAGCUUAUUAUAUAAGUAAACGUCAACAUCAAACAAUAGAUUUUGCUGAAUAUGGACAAUUUUCAAUGAUUAAUAAUGAUGAAGAUGAAGAAAUGGAAAAAUUAAAUGGUACAACAACAAUACAAUAA